UGCUUCAGACGUGCCACGACGCUCCAGCACGAGACACUAUAUCCGCGACGCUGACCCUCGUCCUUUUUUUUAGUGCUUGAAUUUCGCGAACAAACGAAAACACCCCAAACAAUGCCGGUCGAUCUUUACUACGUUCCCGGAAGCGGGCCCUGCCGGUCGGUCCGUAUGGUCGCCGCUGCUGUCGGGGUCGAGCUCAACCUCAAGCUCACCGACCUCACGGCGAAGGAGCAGCUCAAGCCCGAGUUCAUCAAGAUGAACCCCCAGCACACCGUGCCCACCAUGAACGACAAUGGAUUUUACUUGUGGGAAAGUCGAGCCAUUUGCACGUACCUGUGCGACAAGUACGCCAAGAACGACUCCCUCUACCCAAAAGACCCGAAACAGCGUGCCGUCAUAAACCAGCGCCUGUACUUCGACAUGGGAACCAUGUACCAAUCAUUCGCUGACUACUACUACCCACAAGUGUUCGGCGGUGCACCCGCGGACAAGGACAAGCUCGAAAAGUGCAACGAGGCCCUCGGCUACCUCGAGAACUUCCUCGAGGGACAAAACUACGUGGCUGGAAACAGCCUGACCGUGGCCGAUCUGGUUCUCACUUCAUCUGUCUCCAACUUCACGAUCGUCGAUUUCGACAUGAGCAAAUUCAAGAACGUCACCAAAUGGUUGGCGAGGAUGGAGAAGGAAGCUCCGAAGUACGAGGAGACCAAUGGCGAGGGUCUAAAAGCUUUCAAAGCUCUGAUAGACAACUUGAUGAAGAAGAUGAAACUCUAUUACGCCCCGUACAGUCCACCGUCUCGGGCCAUUCUAUUGACAGCCGAGUACAUCGGCGUCUCGCUCGAACUCUGCUUCAUUGACAUUUUCAAAGGCGAACAACUCACUUCGGAAUUCGAAGAGAUCAAUCCAGAGAAAAAGGUGCCAUUUCUCGUCGACGAGGACUUCAAACUUGGGGAAAGUCGGGCGAUAAUGAUCUACCUGGUGGAGAAGUGCGGCCCAGAUUCGGGAAUCCUGCCAUUCGAUCCGGAGGGACGAGCGCUCGUCAACUUGGGACUCAAUUUCGACAUCGCCACGCUCUACAAGUCAAUAACUCAGUACUACUUCCCAGUAAUAUUCAAGAUGGAAGAGGAGUACUCGCCCGAGAAACUGGAGAAACUGAGGGACGCGUUUGGGGUACUGGACGCGAUGCUGGGGCGGCAGGACUACGUGGCCGGCAGGACUUUGAGCGUGGCAGACCUGUCGAUCGUCUCGUCCGUCACGACGGCCGAGGCGUUGGGCUUCGAAGUCGAUGGGUACGAGAACGUGACGAAAUGGAUCGAUCGUGUGAAGGAAUCGACUCCCGGUUACGAGAAGAUCAACGUCGAAGGUGUCGAAAUGUUGAAAAGCAUCGUUGACCAAGUGACGCAAAGUUAAUGAAUCAUCAUCAUGCGAUUUUACCAUAAUAUAUUAUAGCUUAUCG